AUGCAGUUUCAACCAGAUACAAAUGCAUUAGAUAUCAAUGAGUUCCUGGACAUGGUCCCAGUUGGCUCAGAUGAGCAUUCUUGUGAAGAUUCUGGCAGUAAUAAGAUUUCAGCUGUUGAAAGUGAAACUAAGUGCAUUUAUACUAUAGAGGGUGUUGCCAUUAAGGACAGCGGAUCAUGUAGCGACUCUGAUGCAGAAGUGGUCCAAGGACAGGUAAUGGAAGUUUCUGAGCAUCUUGUAGUUUUCUUUUGCAAGCUUGAGCCAGGCUUUUGUGUUGGUGAGUUGCUUGAGGAGAAUGUUGAUUUUUCUGCUGGCGAUCAUAUCUACAGUUUGUUCAACAUUGAAGAACCAAGCAAUCAGAGCAAUGUAGUCGGCAGUGACGAUACUUUUGGAACGGGCAUUAAAAGGAGGACUCGGCAGCCCCAAAAUCAAUUACAUGCCCAAAACUUUGAAACUCAGGGAACUGCUAUGAGACGAAUUUGUUGGAUGAAAAAGUUACCAAGAAGUGUACUACAACAGAUGAGACGCAAGAUAUAUUCACUCCUGAAUCAAAGCAAAGAUGGUGCAGAACUUCCUCAGGAUUUGAGUACGACUGUGGAUUCAAAAGAAGAUUUUCCUAUAGGUUGCCAGAAAAAGGUCCUCUCGGUGUCCUCAAAGGUUGCGGCAUUGCGUUCAAUUUUACCAUCCGUGCAUAUGCCUUGGGUACUUCUAGUUGUAGCUGUUUUGUGUGGUUGCUGCUCAGCUGGUCUUUCAUCAGGAGGCACUGUUCACGUGAACAGCUGGGCUGCUGCUGCGGAUGGGCUCUUCCAGCUGAUCCUUGCUGGGAUUUUAGCUGGUCUUCUGAUGGUCUCUCAGCUGCCAUGUCAGCUGGAAUUUAUUAUUCUUUUUGUGCCUGCUGCUGAAUCAUGUUCUGAUGACAUUUUCGGGCAUUCUUUUUUGCUUGCUGCUACUUGUUUCCUGCUUUCCUACACUGUUCACGUGUGCUGUUCAUCUAGAUUAUCAGCUGGUCUUUUGUCCCUUUGCGCCUUUCAGCUGGCCAUUAUGCUCUUUUGGCCUGUUCCAUCUCCUUCUGCUCCAUUCAGCUGCUGCUGUUUAUGGUUUCUGCUUGGUGCUUUUGGCUGCAACGGUUGCAUCAUUCAGUUGGUCCUCUUGCACCUUUCUUUUUUUGGUAAAGCUUUUGCUUCUUGUAAUCGUGGCUUUUAUUAA